AUGCGUUACUCGAUAUCGACGCUUCUAUCAUUCUUACUUGUAUCUCCAGCGGCGUGCGACAGAUCGCAUCAAGCACCAGGCAAAGAUGCCAUCCUGCUCUCCAACGUCCAAACAUUGACGCUCCGAGCCAAUCGCCAAACCACAUCUCGGCGUGUCUCUCCAAUUCCGCAGCUCACUUGCGUUGGGCCGUCCAAGAAGAUUUGUAACAUGUACCAGAUCGAGGUCAUGCGCUGUACAAAUGACGGCUACGACUACGAUGCGGAAGACGUGCAAUGGUCUUGUACCGCUUCACUGCCGCCCGAGUUCAAGCUAGGCGCAACUGACGUCAUAUGUGAGGGAUAUCGAAACUCCCAGGAUAAGUGGAUUCUGAAAGGAAGCUGCGGAGUCGAGUACCGUAUGCUCCUCACGGAGAAGGGCGAGCAGCGAUUUGGAAAAUCGAGCGACGAGUACGAUUGGUCGUCCUUGCUUGGCCGGGGCAAGAAGGCCUCUGGAAAAGGUGGAAAACGUUUCGCGGAGCGUGUAGCGGACUUUGUCUUCUUCGGCUUCUUUGCCGCUGUCUUCCUAUUCAUCGCUUCGCGUUUCCUUUCAGAAUGCCUCGGUCAACGGGGCGUCCGAAGAGGAAGGGCCGCGAGAGGACGUGGUGGAUGGGGCGGCGGCGGCGGUGGUGGGAAUGGGGGUGAUGGCCCGGGUGAUGGAGGCUAUCCUGGGCCUCCUCCUCCCUACAGCAGUACAUGCUCUGACGAUAACUCCAGCUUUGGAUUGGGGAGUCAGACAUCCUCACAAGGCUGGCGACCGGGCUUUUGGACGGGAACUCUGAGUGGUGCAGCAGCGGGAUACGGACUGGGACGUCGCGGUGCCAAUAACAACACUAACAAUCAUGGAUUCUCGCAGCAAGAAAGGUCCUUUUUCGGUGGACAGCGUGACUACGACGCCGGGGAGGGCGGUUCGUCCUCACAUUCGUCACCUUCAUUCUCGUCCACAUCGACGAGUACCGGCUUCGGAUCGACGCGACGCAGAUGA